UUUCUUUUUAAUUUAUCGCCAUGUCAAAAUUUAAACCCCUACAUGAACCUCUCUCUCUCUCUCUCUCUCUCUCUCUCUCAGCUUCUCCGAGCAUCAUGGCCCGCUUAAUUCGAUCUGCACAUAGGACUAUCUUCUCCUUGUCUUCUCCUUCUUCUAAAACCCUAAUCCAGAGACUCCCCCCGAAAGCCCACGGCACUGCCAUUCAAUCAGGAGAUGCCACCUCUGCAUUUUCCUCCCAAUCCUACGCUUCCCCUGUGAAUGCCAAAUCGCCAUUCGAGGCCAACAUUCUCCGAAUUAUACGCAAUGAGAUCGAGUACCAGUCCGACUAUGCUCCUCCUCACCAACCUGUUACAGAAUUUAAAUCGUUUACGGUUGAAGAUCAUCCAGGUGGGCAGUGGAUCACUAUGAGGGGGAAGUAUGGGGACAAUGAACACAUUAAGAUGGAAAUAACUAUGUUUGACGGAUAUGACUAUGUUCCUAAAGUAGGAGAGGAUAGCAUCGAGGAAGAUGUGCGCCUUCACAUUAGUGUGCUUGUUGACAUAUCCAAGGGGGAGGGUUAUGAUGAUAUGGAGUUCGUGUGCUCGGCGUGGCCCAACUGCAUCGAAAUUCAGAAAGUUUACAUGCUUAGGCGUGACAGAAUGCUGUCUAGUCCUCACAUGGGACCUGAUUACAGGAACUUGAAGAGGGGACUUCAAAAGGGACUUCGUGAAUAUUUAGAGGCAAGGGGGGUAAACAAUGAACUUUCUGUAUUCUUGCAUGAAUAUAUGAUGAACAAGGAUAGAAUUGAACUUAUCCAGUGGUUAAGGGUUGUCAAUCAUUUUCUAGAAAAGUAGCUGAAUAUUUUGAAAAAAUUUCAAAGACAUUUGCUUUUGGCUUUUUAUUUUUUCUAUGAUUAUAAAGAAAUAACUCACAUUGUUUGUAUGUCAUCUCUGAGGAGGAGAAAGAAUCAAGUCAAUAAAGAAUGAUAUUUUAAAAUGAAA